ACUUAGAGGAUCUUGAAGGAACAUUAGCCCAAAACAUCCUGUCUCUGACCAAAGGUCUAGAAAUGGUCUGGAUUUGAUGGCCUACAAACCACAUCACUACCUGGAGGUGGUGUAGGGGUGGGAGGAAAUGGAGUCAGUUUGUCUAGGAGGACAAAGAGGUCCCUUCAAGUCAACACACCCGUUGCCCCAGGUCACAGCUGUCAGAGAGUCCUCAGCCCUGGAUCCAGAAAAUCAUUUCUGCUUAUCAGCUCAACUAUUGAAGAACACAAGCCAGAAAAAGGUAUCCAGGACAGAAAGUCCCAGGAAACCAUGCUUCCGGACCUGGCUCGAGUCUUGUGUCCAUCACCACGUGUGCUGUGUGUGUCCGUAAAGCCUCAUUCCGUGCUAUCUAGCAGGGAGCUCCAUCUCAUCUCCUUUCAUCUCAUCAUCUCACGGCCCUGACACUGUCACAGCAUGGCCAUCUCAUCACGCCUUGCCCUCUGGGAGCAGAAGAUUCGAGAAGAGGACAAGAGCCCUCCGCCGUCCUCGCCCCCUCCCCUUUUCUCUGUCAUCCCAGGUGGCUUCAUUAGGCAGCUGGUGCGGGAGACUGAGAAAGAGUCCAAGGAAGCAAGACUGAAGAAACAGGCAGCACUAGCUUCUCCAGAACGAGAGACACCAGAAAUUCCCAUCAGCCCACCCCACAGCAAGCCCGGCAGUGCCACCAGGCCUGGCAGCCAGCAGAUUUCCCAGGACAGCCAGUCUAGCUCGCCCCUGAGCUCCCACACUCCAGGCAGGGGGAGCGAGGAGGCGGGCAGCCCUGCACCCAUGACAAGCAUCAAUGGCGAGAAGACCCAGGAGCCGGGCCCCAGCGGGACACCAGCCAAGAAGACCCUGCCCUUCAAGAGGGGUGUGAGGCGAGGUGACGUGCUGCUGAUGGUGGCCAAGCUGGACCCCGAGCAGAGGGCCCAACCCCACGACUCCCCCACGUGUAAAAGUCCACCCCCAGCCACAGACCCUGGAGGGGCAAAGAAAGGGGAGACCACAAAGACUCCCUGUGGCCCCAAGGCCAGCACUGAGGAUUUGGCCCCGAAGACUGAGAAGGCCCAGACGGGGAGUCUUGGGGACUUGGGCCAAGGAACUGUGCUGACAAAGAGUGAGAAGGGUCAAGGCACACUGGGGAAGGGGGAUGGGACCCCCAAAAACAAAGGGUCCAAAGGGGGUGAGCCUCAGGGCAAAGAGGGGCAGGUGGCCAGGCCUCCAGCCCAAGGACCAGCUAAGGGAGGGGAACCAGGGCCAGAGGAGAAGGAGGGAGGGGACCUCCCAGACAAGAUGGAAAAGGGGACUCUCCCUAAGGAUGCGGGGAGCAAAGGGAAGCACACUGGACCGCAGAUCCUGGCAAGGAAGUGGGGACCCUCCCUGGCUGGAAGGAGUAAGUGGGAUGGUCCCCAGAAAAAGAAGGACAAAGAAGGUGGGCCCCAGAGUAAGGCGGGGUCAGAGGAGCCUCAGACAGACACAGAGAGGACGGAGAGGACAGGUGGAGGGCGGGGGAGCAGGGGGCAGGCACGGGGAGCUUUGGGAAUGAUGGAGAAAGCAGGGGAGCCUCAGAGAACAUCUGGGGAGGUGGGUAGAGCCCAGGACAAGGUCUCCAAGAUGGAGUGGCCUCGGAGUAAGCCCAGGGAGGUGAGUGAAGCUCCGAGUCAGACAGAAAAGGCAGAGAAAAGCUGUAAAGUCCCAAAGGACGGGGAGUCUAGGGAGAAGUCACCGGACAUGGCUGGGAAGGAGGGCCAGCCAGAAAGCAGAGGGCUGAGAGGACAGGAGCCCCAUGCAAGAGAGGAUGGUGGGGCCGGAGCCCUGGAGACAGAGCUGGAAGGACCCAGACAGCCUGCUCUGGGGGGCGACGCACAAAGGACUCAGAAGCAGGAGAAGCAGGAGGGGCCGGCUCUGCAGGAGGAGGCUGAAGGAGGCCAGAGCGGAGACUCGGACCAGGCUCCCGAGGACAGAUGGUACGAGGCAGAGAAAGUCUGGCUGGUGCAGAAGGAUGGAUUCACUCUUGCUACGGUGCUCAAGCCUGACGAGGGAACGGCUGACCUGCCGGCAGGAAGGGUGCGACUUUGCAUUGAUGCUGACAAGACCGUCACUGAGGUGGAUGAGGAUCAGAUUCAUCGGGCCAACCCCCCCGAGCUGGACCAGGCUGAGGACCUAGCCUCUCUCAUCAGUGUCAACGAAUCCAGCGUCCUGAACACACUUCUGCAGCGCUACCGGGCUCAGCGGCCGCACACCAGCACGGGGCCCGAUCUGAUCGUCCUCCAGCCCCCGGGGCCCUUGGCGCCCUCUGCAGGGAAGGUGCCCAGGGGCCGCCGGGAUGGCCUGCCCGCCCACAUCAGCUCCCUGGCCCAGCGGGUAUACUGGGCCCUGCUAAGCCAGCGGAGAGACCAGGGCAUCGUGGCCCUGGGCCGGAGCGGUGCCGGGAAGACCUCCUGCUGCCAGCAAGUCCUGGAGCACCUGGUGGGGAUGGCAGGCAGUGUGGACGGCAAGGUCUCAGUGGAAAAGAUCCGGGCUGUGUUCACUGUCCUCCGGGCCUUCGGCUCCGUGUCCACGGGCCACAGCCGCCAUGCCAGCCGCUUCUCCAUGGUGAUGUCUCUGGACUUCAACGCCACAGGCCGCGUCACGGCUGCUCAGCUCCAGACGAUGCUUUUGGAGAAGAGCCGGGUGGCGCGGCAGCCUGAGGGGGAAAGCAACUUCGCGGUUUUCUCCCAGAUGCUGGCCGGGUUGGACCUGGAUCUCAGGACAGAGCUGAACCUGCACCAGAUGGCCGACAGCAGCACUUUCGGCAUGGGCAUGUGGCCCAAGCCCGAAGACAAGCAGAAGGCAGCAGCUGCCUUUGCCCAGCUCCAGGGUGCCAUGGAGACGCUGGGCAUCUCGGAGAGUGAGCGGCGAGCCAUUUGGCGGGUGCUGGCAGCCAUCUACCACCUCGGCGCAGCGGGGGCCUGCAAAGUGGGCCGGAAGCAGUUCAUGCGAUUCGAGUGGGCUAACCAUGCAGCCGAGGCCCUGGGCUGCGAGUACGAGGAGCUAAACACGGCCACCUUCAAGCACCACCUACGGCAGAUCAUCGAGCAAGUGACGUGCGGGCCAGGCCGACGGGGCCUUGAGGACGAGGAGGCCAGCUCAGCGCUCAAGAUGACAGGUGUGGAGUGCGUGGAGGGGAUGGCUGCAGGCCUGUACCAGGAGGUCUUCGCUGCAGUGGUCUCCCUCAUCAACAGAUCCUUAUCAUCCCACCAUCUCUCCAUGGCUUCCAUCAUGGUGGUGGACACUCCAGGCUUUCAAAACCCCCGGCACCAGGGCAAGGAGCGGGCAGCCACCUUCGAGGAGCUGUGCCACAAUUACGUCCAUGAGCGUUUGCAGCUGCUGUUCUAUCAGCGGACCUUCGUCUCCACGCUGGAGAGGUACCGAGAGGAAGGUGUUCCUGUGCACUUUGACCUCCCAGAAUCUUCCCCAGCGACCACCGUGGCUGUCAUGGACCAGAUACCCUCCCAGGUCUGCUUAUCAGCUGGAGGAGGUGCUGAGGAUGCCAAGGGCCUGUUCUGGGUCUUGGACGAGGAAGUCCGUGUAGAGGGCUCCAGCGACAGUGUGGUGCUCGAGCGUCUGCGUGCAGCCUUUGAGAAGAAAGGAGCCGAGGCUGGAGGGAUCUCUGCCCUGCGGACCUGCGAGCAGCCCCUGCAGUGUGAGAUUUCCCACCAGCUGGGGCAUGACCCCGUGCGCUACGACCUCACGGGCUGGCUCCACAGAGCCAAACCCAACCUCUCAGCUCUGGAUGCCCCACAGGUCCUGCAGCAGUCGAAAAGGGAGGACCUUCAAAGCCUGUUCCAGUCCCGGGCCAAGCUGCUCCCUGUGUGCCGGGCCGUGGCCGGCAUGGAGGGCACCUCCCAGCAGGCCCUGCACCGGAGCCGCGUGGUGAGGAGGACGUUCGCCAGCAGCUUUGCUGCAGUGAAGAGGAAAGCCCCGUGCUCCCAGAUCAAGCUCCAGAUGGAUGCACUGACCAGUGUGAUCCAACGGUCUCAGCUGCACUUCAUCCACUGCCUCGUGCCAAACCCAGUGGUGGAGAGCAGGAGUGGGCAAGGGUCUCCGACGCCACCGCAGCCUGGUGGGGAUGUGCCUGGGGCAGGUGGGCCCCCGGCCGUGGACAUCCCAGCACUGAGGGUCCAACUCGCAGGGUCCCAUGUCCUGGAGGCCCUGCGACUGCACAGGACAGGCUACGCUGACCACAUGGGACUCACUCAGUUCCGCCGGCGAUUCCAGGUCCUGGAUCCUCCACUCCUGAAGAAACUCACGUCAGCCUCCGAGGGAAUAGAUGAGAGGAAGGCAGUGGAGGAGCUUCUGCAGACCCUGGAUCUGGAGAAGAAGGCAGUGGCCGUGGGGCACAGUCAAGUUUUCCUCAAGGCAGGUGUGGUCUCCAGGCUGGAGAAGCAGCGAGAGAAGCUGGUGUCCCAGAGCAUUGUUCUCUUCCAAGCAGCUUGCAAGGGCUUUCUGUCUCGCCAGGAAUUUAAGAAGCUGAAGAUUCGCCGACUGGCUGCACAGUGUAUUCAGAAGAACAUGGCUGUGUUCCUGGAGGUCAAGGACUGGCCAUGGUGGCAGCUCCUUGGCUCCCUCCGGCCCCUGCUGAGUGCCACUGUUGGAAAUGAGCAGCUCCGAGCCAAGGAGGAGGUGCUCACAACGCUGAAACGGAAACUAGAGAAGUCAGAGAAGUUGCGGAAUGAACUCCGGCAGAACACAGACCUGCUAGAGAGCAAGAUUGCUGAUUUGACCACAGAACUUGCUGAUGAGCGCUUCAAAGGUGAUGUGGCCUGCCAGGCACUGGAAAGUGAGCGGGCAGAGAGGCUGCAGGCCUUCCGGGAGGUUCAGGAGCUUAAGAGCAAGUAUGAGCAAGUUCAGAAGAAUUUGGGAGAAGUGGAGAAACAGUUAGAAGAAGCCCAGCAUAAAAUUCAGUUGAAUGACUUGGAAAGGAAUCACACUGGAGGAGCGGACGAGUGGCAAAUGCGUUUUGACUGCGCUCAAAUGGAGAAUGAAUUCCUUAGAAAGCGUCUGCAGCAAUGUGAGGAGAGACUGGACUCAGAACUGUCAUCCAGGAAAGAGCUGGAGCAGAAGCUUGGGGAACUGCAGAGUGCUUAUGAGGGAGCCAAGAAGACAGCUCACCAGCUGAAGAGGAAAUGCCACCAUCUAACUUGUGACCUGGAGGACACCCGUGUGCUACUGGAAAACCAGCAGAGCCGAAACCAUGAGCUGGAGAAGAAGCAGAAGAAGUUUGACAUGCAGCUGGCUCAGGCCCUGGGCGAGUCUGUGUUUGAGAAGGGCCUCCGGGAGAAAGCGACCCAGGAGAACACCAGUGUGCGGUGGGAGCUGGGCCAGCUCCAGCAGCAGCUGAAGCAAAAGGAGCAGGAAGCCUUACAGCUGAAGCAGAAGGUGGAGAUGCUGCAGGACCAUAAACGAGAGCUGCUGGGGUCACCCUCUCUGGGGGAAAGUUGCAUCGCUGGCUUGAAGGAGAGGCUCUGGAAGCUGGAAUCCACUGCUCUCGAACAGCAGGAAAUUCAGAGUCAGCAGGAAAAAAAACAGGAAAAUACCAUUAAGCAGCUGGAGCAGCUCCGCCAGCGGUUUGAGCUGGAGAUCGAGCGGAUGAAGCAGAUGCACCAGAAGGACCGCGAAGACCAGGAGGAAGAGCUGGAGGAUGUCCGUCAGUCCUGCCAGAAGAGGCUCCGCCAGCUAGAAAUGCAGCUAGAGCAAGAAUAUGAAGAGAAGCAGAUGGUCCUUCAUGAGAAGCAAGAUUUGGAAGGCUUGAUUGGGACCCUCUGUGAUCAGAUUGGCCAUCGGGACUUUGAUGUAGAGAAGCGUCUCCGGAGGGACCUCAGGAGGACCCAUGCACUCUUGUCAGAUGUGCAGCUCCUGCUGGGGACCAUGGAGGACAGCAAGACAUCAGUCAGCAAGGAGGAACUGGAGAAAGUGCACAGCCAGUUGGAACAGAGUGAAGCCAAGUGUGAGGAUGCCCUGAAGACCCAGAAGGCACUGACGGCAGACCUGGAGAGCAUGCACAGUGAGCUGGAGAACAUGACCAAGAGCAAGAGUCUGGUGGAUGAGCAGCUGUACCGGCUGCAGUUUGAGAGGGCGGACCUCCUGAAGCGCAUCGAUGAGGACCAGGAUGACCUGAAUGAUCUGAUGCAGAAGCACAAGGAUCUCAUUGCUCAGUCUGCUGCUGACAUUGGGCAGAUCCAAGAACUGCAGCUGCAGUUGGAGGAAGUCAAGAAGGAGAAGCACAAGCUUCAAGAACAACUGCAGGUGGCUCAGAUGCGCAUUGAGUACCUGGAGCAGUCCACCGUGGAUCGAACCAUCGUCAGCAGGCAGGAGGCGAUCAUCUGUGACCUGGAGAACAAGACGGAGUUCCAGAAAGUGCAGAUUAAGAGAUUCGAGGUCUUAGUGAUCCGGCUUCGAGACAGCUUGAUCAAGAUGGGUGAGGAGCUAUCCCGGGCAGCGACGUCUGAGUCCCAGCAGCGGGAGAACAGCCAAUAUUACCAGCGGCGCCUGGAGGAGCUGAAGGCUGACAUGGAGGAGCUGGUGCAGAGGGAGGCGGAGGCCAGCCGGCGGUGCAUGGAGCUGGAGAAGUACGUGGAGGAGCUUGCAGCAGUGAGGCAGACCCUCCAGACAGACCUGGAGACGUCCAUCCGGCGGAUUGCAGACCUGCAGGCAGCCUUGGAAGAGGUGGCGUCCAGUGACAGUGAUACAGAAAGUGUCCAGACAGCAGUGGACUGUGGUGGCAGUGGCAGAAAAGAGAUGGAUAAUGUCUCCAUUCUUAGCUCCCAGCCAGAGGGAAGUCUUCAGUCCUGGUUGAGCUGUACUCUGUCUCUGGCCACAGACACCAUAAGGACACCCUCUCGACAGUCAAUCAGCAGCAGCCACAAUCUUAGCCCCAGGAUGAACAAGGAGGCUGGGGAUGCUGAGAGGAUUCAGCCAGCGUCGGCGCUGAGCAGAGCCCAGGAUGUCCGCAGCAAGACCUCGGGGGACAAGUCUGUUUCUCCCCUCUCUGUCCACAGAAGGAAGUACUGCCAUUUGGGGGAUGGUGAAGGGUUUGGUGUCCAGAAAAAACCCACGGAGAGGUUAGGAGUCCUAUCUUCUUCCCCAGCUUCUCGGAGUAGAGAUACCUCCCCGCUGUCCAGGGACAAGCUGCCUAGCCCUUCAGCAGCUCUCUCAGAGUUCGUGGAAGGACUUCGGAGGAAGAGAAGCCAGAGAGGCCGGGGGUCCACACUGAGCCUGGAGGACUGGCCCACCCUCCCCAUUUACCAAACGACUGGGGCCUCCACGCUGAGGAGGGGCAGGGCCAGCAGUGAUGAGGGACACCUCUCAUUGAGGCUUGGGGCAAAAUCACCCCCGGAAACAGAAGGGGCCACAGGCGGGACAUCAGCUGGUCUACUACGGUCAACCAGCAUGAAAUGCAUCUCUUCGGAUGGCAUUGAGGGCGCAACCCCACUGCCCGAGACACUGAAGACCCGGUUCAGUUCCUGCGAGUCCCUCUUAGAAUCAGGACCAGGCUUGAGGAGAAAACUGAGCUCCCCUACUGCACCCAGGGACACAGUCUUGUCGCCAACACUUCGACCCCGGAGGCGGUGUCUGGAGUCUUCAGUGGACGAUGCAGGCUGUCUAGACCUUGGGAAAGAGCCACUUGUCUUCCAGAACCGCCAGUACGCCCACCUGAUGGAGGAACCUCUAGACAGUGACCCAUUCAGCUGGAAGCUCCCAAGCCUCAACUAUGAAUGCAAGACCAAAGUGGACUUCGAUGACUUCCUCCCGGCCAUCCGGAAGCCCGAGAUGCCUAUGUCCUUGGCCGGAGCAGCCAAAAGUGGGCAAGAUAGUUCACAGCGUUCAAGUGUCCACUUCGAGACAGAAGAGGCUGAUCGUUCCUUUCUCUCGGGGAUCAAGACCAUUUUGAAAAAGAGCUCAGAGUCCAAGGAGGACCCAGCUCACCUCUCCGACUCAUCCUCAUCCUCCAGCUCCAUCCUGUCCUUCAAAAGUGCUGACAGCAUCAAGAGUCGACCGAGAAUCCCACGACUCGAUGGUGACGGUGGCGAGCGGACAUCCCCCGAGAUCAGAGAGCCGGGAGCAGGGAGGAAGGAUGACGACGUUGAGAGCAUAAUGAAGAAGUACCUCCAGAAGUAGCAGCCAGGCCAGCCUCCUGAGAUGCAGCUGCCUUUGAAGACUUCCUGACUCCACAGCUGUUUGGAGAGAGAGAGAAGCGGGCCAGGCCUCCCCAGAGGCCAUCGAUCCAGAGCCAUUCAGCACGGUGACCCUCAAGAGGCAAGAUGGGUCUGCAGAGGCAUAUCCCACAGGAGAAUGGGGCUCCCAGCAUGCUUAGGCUAUGCAAAAUAAAGUGUUG